AUGUUUCGUUCGCUGCUCUCGUUUGGUGGUGCCCCGCGGGAGCCGGAAUACAUCUUUCCAACUGUCAGGCCAGAGGAGGAUGGGCCUGAUUGUCGUCAGGACUGUGCGGACUGCACUGUCAAGUAUCCCAAGUUCAAGAUUGAUGAGUCUAAACCGUUGUAUGGGCAUAUCAAAGCAUACAGCACUCAUGUUUUGGUUGCCACGGGGCAGUCUGAUUGGAUUGAGAAGGUGAAGAAUGACAAGGGGAGUUUGAUGGAGGCGUUUGCGCAGAAUUCUUCGAGGUCUAAACAUGGAAAAAUCAUGGUCUCCGCAUCCAACCUGCAAAGUCCCGAGGACCCUGCAGAGUCAGACGCAGACUCGGACGCAGAGAGAAAAAGCACUGUCCUGCUCCUCCCCUCAUUCACCUUCAUUGAUUCCGUCCGCUACACCGACGUCCCGGAGCUAAUCGAUCGCUUCAUCAACUCAUCCCCCGACCCGCAAGCCAAUGGCCACGACGGUUCUCAAAUGACCCCCCGAGCCUGUCCCCACGACUAUGUCAUCCUGCUCUGUUCCCACAGACGCCGCGAUGCCCGUUGUGGUAUCACCGCACCUUUAAUCAAAAAGGAACUUGAACGCCAUUUGCGAGCUCUGGGUCUAUACCGCGACGACAGCGACGAAAGACCCGGUGGUGUUGGAAUUUAUUUCGUGUCGCACGUUGGCGGGCACAAGUACGCCGCGAACGUGCUAGUGUAUCGCAAGCAGGAACAGCAGAUGAUCUGGCUUGCCAGAGUGAGGCCGGAGCAUUGCGAGGGAAUCGUCCGGUAUACCGUGAUGCACGGCAAGGUGGUGCAUCCCGAGUCACAGUUAAGGGGAGGAUUCGAUCGGUUGCGGGGAGUGACUAGCUGGUGA